AUGAAUGACUACUCACUGUUCACCAAAUCUACCUCUACUUCUCUUACAGUCCUACCAGUGUAUGUUGAUGAUAUUUUACUAGCUAGGCAUAAUGUUAUUGAAUUAGACAGUGUUAAGUUAUUCCUUGAUCAACAAUUCAAGAUCAAGGAUUUGGGGACAAUCCACUAUUUCCUUGGUUUGGAGGUCACUAAAUGUCCUCAAGGCUACAUCAUCAGUCAACAGAACUUCACACAUGACUUGCUGGCAGAGUUCAAUUGCCAGAACUUUUCCCCUGUUGUGACUCCUCUUCUUGAUGCUUCUGUCAAGUUGUAUGUUGACAUGAAUGCCCCUUUGACUGAUCCCAGCUCAUAUAGGAGAAUUAUUGGCAAACUCAACUUUCUCCAACAUACUAGGCCUGAUAUAUCUUUUUGUGUUCAACAUCUUAGUCAGUUUCUUAAGGCUCCUCAAGUUCCUCAUAUGCUUGAUGCUCUUCAUGUGUUGAGGUAUCUAUCCAAUGCUCCUGAUUUAGGGAUCCUUCUGUCUUCUUCUUUUGAUGUCUCUAUCAAGGCCUACUCAGAUUCUGACUGGGUUGCUUGUGCUGAGUCAAGAAGGUCUGUUUCUGUUUUUUAUAUUACACUUGGUGGUUCCCCAAUCUCUUGGAAAAGCAAAAGGCAACCCAUUGUUUCAUUGUCAUCUGUUGAAGCUAAAUACAUGGCUCUUCGCAAAGUGGUUGCAGAGGUCUCUUGGUUGGUCCGUAUAUUGGGUGAUCUUAGUCUACAUAUUUCUGCUCCUGUCCCCAUAUACUGUAACAACAUUGCUGCUUUACACAUUGCCAAGAAUCCGGUCUUUCAUGAGAGGACAAAGCAUAUCGAGAUUAAUUGUCACUAUGUGCGUGAGAGUCUCAAUUUUGGGUUGAUUUCUUUGCAUUUUGUGCCCAGUUCUGCCCAACUUGCUGAUAUUAUGACAAAGGCUCUUCCUGGUCCUCUCU